GAGCCAAUCAUUGGCAGCUACUCAGAAAGAGGGCUGGUUUUAGCCAUGCGUGCCCAUUGGGUGUCGGAAGGAAGGAGGAGACAUGCGAUUGGUUGGUUAGUCGGGCGAGAUCAUGGAGCCGUUCUCGUCGCUUUUCGUCCCCUCAGAGCCGCCACCUUCCCUCCCCUCAGGUCCUCCGGGGGCCCCGCCGGUGGUUCCGGGCGGCUUCGGACCGGGGAAGCCUCUGUCAGUGUCCGGACCACCCAACUCAUCCGUCCCUCCCCUACCGCCUCCACCUACCCUGACCUCCGCCGUCCCCGGGGGGGAAGAGGCGACCAGGAGGAGCUCCGGACCUUUCUAUCUCAUCAAAGAGCCGCCGGGACUCUCUGACCUCACAGGCAGCGUCAAUCUCAUAUUGCACUACAAUUUAGAACAUGCGUUUGGUAAAUUCUGCGGUAAAAAAGUAAAAGAAAAGCUCAGCAAUUUCCUUCCGGAUCUUCCAGGAAUGAUCGACACUCCCGGUGCUCAGGACAAUAGCAGUCUUCGCUCUCUAAUUGAAAAGCCUCCGAUAUGUGGAAACUCCUUCACACCUUUAACUGGAGCGCUACUGACUGGAUUCAGACUUCAUGCCGGCCCGCUUCCAGAGCAGUGUCGCCUAAUGCACAUACAACCGCCAAAAAAGAAAAACAAAAAGCACAAACAGAGCAGAACACAGGAGCCCGCUCCCCCAGAAACCCCGUCAGACUCUGAUCACAGAAAAAAGAAGAAGAAACAGAGGGAAGACGACCCAGAAAGAAGGCGGAAGAAGAAAGACAAAAAGAAAAAGAAGAGCCGACACAGUCCUGAGCACCCAAGUGCAGGAAGCUCACAAAGUGGAUUGCGCUGAGCGUUCGCCUUUAUUUGUACAUAUUGUCUACCGUCACUUUUAUAGCGUUUAGUUCUUUUUAAUAAAGCUCCUUCCUUUCCCAACUUA